AUGGCAGGAACUGCACCAAACAGUCCCACCAGACAACCACGAACGGUAGACAAUCCAUUGCCACAUGUCCUUCCUGAAGGUCAGAAUGCCGCUCCUUUGGAAGUGAUGGGAUCCACCGCCUCCGAUAAAGUCGUGGUGAUCAUGGUCGGUCUACCGGCGACGGGAAAGACGCACAUUGCCAAGCGCAUUUGUCGAUUUUUGUCUUUUUUCCAUGACAUUCCCGCUCAAAUUUUCAACGUGGGAGAUUACCGACGCAAGUUGUGUGGUACCCAAAUGCCAGCGGAAUUUUACAAUCCGGACAAUCCAGAGGGCCUCAAGGCCAGAAUGAUGGCCUGUGAUGCGGCUUUGGCGGAUCUUGUGGAGUAUAUCAAACAAGAUGGAGUCCGAGUGGCCGCCUUUGAUGCCACCAAUACCACCUUUCAACGUCGGCAACAUAUCAUCAAGGUCUUGAAUCAGCAAGGCAUACGGUCCAAAAAGAUUUUCAUUGAAUCCAUUUGCGAUUCCAGCACCAUUCUUGACGACAAUAUCCGCAACGUCAAGCUCAAUACUCCCGACUACCGGGAUGUCGACCCCGAAGAGGCAGUCGAUGAUUUCAAACUGAGAAGGGCCAAUUACGAAAAGGUCUACGAACCCCUUUCGGAACGAGAUGGUUCUUACAUCAAGAUUAUCAACUCGAAGCAAUACAUUGUCAAUGCCAUUCGAGGAUACCUUCCACUGAAAAUUGUUCAUUUUGUCAUGAACUUGCAUACCCUGGGACGAACCUUUUACUUGACGCGUCACGGGCAAUCUGAAUACAACUUGCUCGGCAAGAUUGGUGGGGAUUCUGGAUUGACUCCCGCUGGAACCGAAUAUGCUCGUCGGUUGGCACAAUUCGCCAAGGAACAGAUCAUCCACAAGGAUGGCGUCGAACGUCCUUGUCGGUUAUGGACUUCAACUCUGAGGAGAACCAAACAAACGGCACAAUUCAUUGAACACAACAAAUUCGAACAUAUGUGGGAUAAUGGAGAAAAGUUUGAAUGGAUUCAACUGCGUCGUCAAGAGAGACGAAACCUGGAUGAAUUGUACGCGGGAACGUGUGAUGGUAUGACGUACAAGGAGAUUGAAGAAGUAUUUCCGGAAGAAUUUGCCAGACGACAAGAUGAUAAAUUGGCCUACCGAUAUCCUCGAGGUGAAUCGUAUAUGGAUGUGACGCUUAGACUGGAACCAUUGGCACAAGAGAUGGAACGUACCAGGGAACCAGUACUGGUUGUUGGUCAUCAGGGAAUUCUGCGCAUUCUUUAUGCGUACUUUAUGGGUCUGGACCGAAAAGAAGCCCCCUAUGUCUCGAUUCCACUCAACAAUGUCAUUGAACUUACUCCACACGCCUAUGGUUGUCAUGAAAAGCGAUACUGUUUAAUGAUGAAGGAAGAAAUGUUAAAUGAUGGUCAAGAUGAACCAGUCACUUCCAUGCCAGAGAAGGGGCAAGCGCCACCAGGCGUUACCAAGCGGGACAGUUCCGUCAUGGCCGAGAAUAUGAUUUUCGCUGCGACAGACCCCAUCAUGAACGCCCCAAGUUGUUGA